CCCACAUCCUCAAUGUUGUCCUCUAGAGUCACAUUUCGCCUCCCUCGGCGAGGCUUGCGCACAAAGCAGGCUGUGCGCUGUCUGGCCACCGAGAGUAGAUUAUCGCCGGACUUUGUGCGGAUUGUGGAAGUUGGCCCCAGAGAUGGACUGCAGAACGAGAAGAAGGCCAUCCCGGUAGAGACGAAGAUCGAGCUCAUCGAGAGACUUGCCAAAACCGGCGUAAAGACCCUCGAAGCUGGUUCGUUCGUGCCCGCGAAAUGGGUGCCCCAGAUGGCAAGCACAUCAGAGAUCCUCACACAUCUCUUAAAAUCACCGCCCAAAUCCCCCCAUCCCAUCGCCUUCAACUACCUCGUCCCGAACAUCAAAGGUCUCGAGACUCUAGUGUCCACCGCCGAAUCCGAAGGCUUCUCAUUCUCCCCGGAGUCCGGCUCCCCCACGUCACCAUCAUCAUCAUCAUCAUCAUCAUCCUCUUCCUCCGCGCCAAACCACACGACCGAAAUCUCCCUCUUCGCAGCCGCCACAGAGGCCUUCUCCAAGGCCAACACAAACUGCACCAUCGCCGAGUCCCUCAAACGCAUCGAACCGAUCGUCGACCUCGCCAAGAAGAAGAACAUCCGUGUACGUGGCUACGUCUCCGUCGCCCUCGGCUGUCCGUAUGAAGGCCCGGACGUCGACCCGCACAAGGUGGCCGAGAUCACCGCCACGCUGCUAGAGAUGGGUGCUGACGAGGUGUCCGUCGCGGACACGACCGGGAUGGGCACCGCACCCAGAACGCAGCGGCUCCUAAAGGUGCUCACGGCGGCGGGUAUCGCGAACACGGAUCUUGCCCUGCAUUUCCACGAUACGUACGGCCAAGCGCUGGUGAACACGAUCGUGGGCUUGGAGCACGGGAUCCGGGUGUUUGACAGCAGUGUAGGAGGGUUGGGAGGAUGUCCGUACUCCAAGGGAGCGACUGGGAAUGUCGCGACGGAGGAUCUGGUUCAUACUCUCCACAGUCUCGGAAUGCAGACGGGUAUAGACCUGGAGGAGAUGUCCAGAAUUGGGGACUGGAUCAGCAAGGAACUUGGCCGGGCUAACGAUAGCAGGGUUGGCAAAGCGACUGUAAACAAGCUUCAAACAUAGUUUUUUUUUAUUUUAUUCCGGUUAUCUAUGCGCUCACCCCAGGCUUGUCUAGCGGGAGGCAGUUUUUUUUACGGGA